CGUCCUUGCUCUCCGGGAGGCGCCGGGGACUGGAAGUCAUGUGUACCCUGAGUCACGUGAAGGCUGGCGUCACGUGUCAGCCCUCCCCAGGCCCCCUUUUGGCUCUCCGAAGGCCUCAGGGGAGGGAGCGGUCAAUUUUCGGGUCAAAGUCCGCGGGCCUCGAAGGUCGUAGUCCGGAGCCAGCGACCAGAUGAUCCGGGUGUGGACGGCAGGUUUCCCCGCCCCUGGGGACCCGGGCUCUAGGGGGAUGCCUGAGCCAGCGGCGCUAGGACCCCCGAGUAGAGCCUCGGGAAGGGAGUCGGGGGGAAUGCCUUACAUGGUUCCCCGACUGUCACCAUCUAAGUCGGUGGCCCAAAAUAGCUCCGGGCGCCGUCUGUCUUGCCACAUGGCCCCAGAUGGCUGCUGCCUCCAACCCUGUGGAGCUGGGUGCCUCCUGGGGACCCGCGCGCCCGGAGCCCCCUCCCACCCGCUUCCACCGGGUGCACGGAGCCAACAUCCGCGUGGACCCCUCGGGGACGCGGGCCACGCGCGUGGAGAGCUUCGCCCAUGGUGUGUGCUUCAGUCGCGAGCCGCUGGUCCCCGGCCAGGUAUUCCUGGUCGAGAUCGAGGAGAAAGAGCUGGGCUGGUGCGGCCAUCUGCGCCUCGGCCUGACCGCGCUGGACCCCGCCAGUCUGGCCGCCGUGCCCGAAUUUUCGCUGCCGGACCUGGUCAACCUUGGCCACACCUGGGUCUUCGCCAUCACGCGCCACCACAACCGCGUGCCCCGGAACGGCCAACCGCAGGCAGAGGCAGAGGCCGCGGCCCCGCGCCGCCCCCCGGCCCUGCUGGUGGAACCGUAUCUGUGCAUUGAGCAGUUCCGAAUCCCCCGGGACCGCCUCGUGGGCCGCAGCCGGCCGGGGCUCUACAGCCACCUCUUGGACCAGCUCUACGAGCUGAACGUGUUGCCUCCGACCGCGCGCCGCAGCCGCCUGGGCGUUCUCUUCUGCCCGCACCCGGAUGGCACCGCAGACAUGCACAUCGUCAUCAACGGGGAGGACAUGGGCCCCAGCGCCCGGGGGCUGCCCGCUGCCCAGCCCCUCUAUGCGGUGGUGGACGUGUUUGCCUCCACCAAGAGCGUGCGUCUGGUUCAACUCGAGUAUGGCUUGCCAUCGCUGCAGACUCUGUGCCGCCUAGUGAUCCAGAGGAGCGUGGUGCACCGGCUGGCCAUUGAUGGACUCCAUCUGCCCAAAGGGCUUAAGGAUUUCUGCAAGUAUGAGUGAAGGUCUGCAGCCACCCAGAGGGCCCACAGGAGCACUCCUGGCCUUCAGACCCUGUCUGAAGCUGGUAACACUGCUGCCAACCAGGACUAGAAAUAAACAGCUGAUGCUGACAUUCUGAUCA